UUACCAAAUAUUAUUGUAAGCACCCUGUUUAUAAAGUUGCGGAAUUAUUUGGCUUUUGGCUGUCCUCCUUUCUGAAGGAAUCUAAGGAUUUUUUAGAGAAUAUGUGUUGACAGCAUUGUCUACAAGAGGCCUUUCAAGUGCGGAAAAUCACACAUAAGACAAACAUAUGCAAACCAGUACGGUAUAAAGAACUCCUUACUGUCACGAAAUCUGGAAACACUUCUAAAUUUAAACAUCACACAUUUGCGGCAGGCGAUGUCAGAAGUGAAACCAGAAGUGAAGACGCGAUGGCAACUCUGCUAGUUCGUGCGGCGGUCACCACUCAUCGAGGGGAGCGAACUGUGAAACAGAUGCGAAGCCUGCCAAAAACUUCAUGGCACUUCGGUAAUCGACGCUGGCAGCUACGCCGAGAAGUGCUACGGGUUCUACGCGCUUGGUGAUACCUCCUGCAGUGAAGAGCUGUUGGAGUAUUGUGUGCCAUGUUGGUUGGUGGGUGGUGCCCCCCCCUGGUCGCUUGUGGGAGCAAGCUCUUGUGGCGGCCACUGUCUGCUGCGGCCAGUGACCCUGAGCUUGUGGCGCUGUGCAACAGCUUCCCUGCACUUCUUGGCCGCAGAACGGGUCAGCCUGAGGACCUCUUCCACGUGCACACUGCUGCCCUGGAGAUGCUGGAGGAGCAGCUGGCCCACUGGCCUGGUGGCUGCCCGCCGCUGGUGUUGGAGGCCAACGCAGGGCCUGGCCUGCUGAGCCGACGCCUGGUUGAGGGGCACCGCUUGACAUCACGCCUGCGCCUGUUUGAGCACCGCGAAUGCUUCCUGCCACAGCUCCGGGCUCAGGUGUCAGCCUGGCCAACACGCUUGGAGCUGGUGGAGGCUGACCUGCUGCGCAUGCACAACCGUGAGGAGCAACUACUGGCUGGCAUCACACCACGUCCCUGGACACACGCACCAGAAGCGGUGAUGGUAGCGAGUUUGUCCCGAGUGCGUGAGGUGGGCUUCCUGCGCUAUGUGCUGCACCAGCUGCCCAUGGGUGCCUCCCUCUUUGCCCUGGGACGCCUCGCCUUCCUACUGUUCCUCAGCCACACCGAGGCAGCUCACAUCACGGCAGCCCGAGGCAGCAACUUCCGGCACUAUCGGGAUGUGAGCAUCCUCUACCAGCUCUUCUUUCAUGUGGAUGUACUUGGCCAGGUAUCCCGUGAUUAUUUCCUGCCGCCCCGUGGAGUGAAAGGUCAGGCUCCAUUACAGUUGGUGCGGCUAGUGCCACGCAGCGACCUCUGGGAUUUGGCGGGCAGCCCGGAGCGGCUGCACGAGCUAGUGUUCUUUGUGCGCCAGAACAUGGUGCGCCGCACCGCGUACGUGCUACCAUGUCUCGAGAAAUGGAUCCCGGGCUGUGGGCCACGGCUGCUCCGUGCAGGCGCCACGCGGGUCUUCGAGCGCAUGGGGGACCUGAGCCCCGAGCGCAUGCUGCGCCUUUUCCAGCUCUUCUCGGCACUGCCCGAGUACUCCCAGUCGGCGUUCGCCGCUGCCGCAGCCAGAGAGGGCUCCUGACGCGUGCUCCAAUUGUGCAUCCAUAUUUACAUUGCUUAAACACGCAAAGCAACUCAAUACAACUUUUGUCGUGCUCCUCGG